GUAUCUUGGGAUAAGGUUUGUUGCUGUAAAAGUGAGGGCGGGAUGGGAGUAAAAAAUUUGAGAUAUUUCAAUAUUGCUUUACUUGGAAAAUGGUGGGUGAGAUUGAUAGGAGGUGAAAAGGGUCUGUGGUCUAGGGUAUUAAUAGAAAAAUAUGGAGGCAAGGAGGGGAAUUGGUUGUCGUGGUUGAAGGUGGGUCAGAAUAUAGGCUCAUCUUGGUGGAGGGAUAUUUGUAAACUAAAUAUAGGCCUAGGUAGUAAAGAUGGGUGGCUGACCUCAAAUGUCAAAUUGAAUUUGGGGGGAUGGGAAGAGUGUUAGAUUUUGGGAAGACAGUUGGGUUGGAGGGGAUUCACUUGCUAAUUCUUUUCCUAGACUUUUUUUGUUAGCCACAAAAAAAAAUUGCAGCAUUUCUAACAUGGGCAACUGGAUGGAAGGAUGCUGGAAUUGGAAGUUCCAGUGGAGAAGGCCACUCCGAGCAUGGGAAGAGGACAGUACGCAACAACUAAUAGAAGCUAUAAAUCACAGACACCCGGUACAAGAUGCUGAGGACACUUGGAGCUGGAGCCUAGAUGUGAAAGGAAAAUAUACUACAAGGUAAGCAUACGAGUAGCUUGCAAAGAAAGAAGAAACAAGACUGCUGGAGUAUAGAAAGCUAUGGAGGGCAAAGGUUCCAUCAAAAGUAAUCGCAUUCUCAUGGCAAUUGCUUCUUGAUAGAAUUCCUACGAAAGUUAACUUAGCAAUGCGUGGGAUCUUGGAUGGUAAUCAAAGUAUCAACUGCUGUUGGUGUGAAUCAUCUCCAGAACAUAGCGAUCACCUCUUUGUGUCUUGCAAAAUUGCCACCAACUUAUGGAGAAAAUGUUUCAACUGGUGGGGGUUACAAUAUGCUCUUGGGAACAAUUGUUUGGACGUCUUCCAGCAACACAGAUGGCAUAAAGGCUCAAAAACUCUUAGAAAGGGAUUGGAAACGAUAUGGUUCACCAUUGUAUGGUCUCUAUGGUUGAGCAGAAACGAAGCUUCUUUUCAGAAGAAGAAACCUAAAGAGGACAAGCUAUUUGAAAUAGUACAAAUUCGAGCUUUUCACUGGGUAAGAAAUCUGUUAAACCUUGAAUUUUCUUUCAUGGAAUGGGUUUCUAACCCAGUGAGUUGCCUAACUAACAUGAAAUAGAGUUUUGAGGAAGAGUGGGGUUCUAGACAUUAGGCUUGGGUUACUUUUGAUUAUGUUUUUGGAGCCCAAUACUGAUGAUUGAUAUACUUUUUGUUUGUUUUAUGGGUUCGAAUACCUUUUGUACUCACAUAAUAUAUCUUCUUUGCUUUU